UCUGAUAUUCUUUUUUUUUUUAACUGGUUCUAUUUUAGAGAACUAGUUCGGUGCUAAUGAAAGCUUGCGCAUUCGCAAAAGUUGAAAUGUAUGUGGCAUUCAUUUUGAUUUUUAAUACUCUCAUGAAAUUAUAUCGUCAUUAGUAUCGUCCUACAUGUUCAAUUAAAACUAACAAACAUUUUAUUAGAUUGUUGCUUUCAUCUACUGAUAUUAUGUUUGUGCAUUUCACAAAGCCGGAAAUGAAAAAUAUUACCGACAAUAUUCUGUAAAUUAUAAAAUUGCACCCGCCAAAUUAGAAAGCUGUCAUAAUGGAAAAAUCUGUGAUUGAAGAAUUCGGUAAUUUUUUGGGGAACCUACGCACAGACGGCAUUGACAACGUUUUCCAAGAUGUGGAAUAUGCUUUCAUUUCGAAUUCUAAAGACCCUCGCAUAGCAGGCAUUAGCUCUUUACUUUCUCUCCCAUUACCAAUCAUUGUGGCGCAGAGGCCUGGCAGUAUGGUUUUCACAGACCCAGAUGUAUCGGUGUUCUUGCCCGAUGAUUCGUCUUUAAAAGUGAAAAACAAGAAAAGAAUGCAAGAUUCAACUGAAGGAUCACCCUUGAAGAUGCACGAGUAUGCAGAUCUAUCGGAUAUUGAGUUGCCUGUUACUCAAACCAACAGAGGACAGUUCUUAAAAUCUGCGAUGAAAAAAAUAGGAAUACCAUCCAACAAGUCUAGAGUUGUAGCAACAUUGUACAGCCUCGUGUCAAGAGGGAAUUCCUGGCCAGCAGUGCUCAUAUUUUUUGACGGGCAAAACCGAAAACGAACAGCAUGUCAGUUGUUAUUUCAAGGAAAACACCAUUUGAAGUCAACUGUUAUCAAAGUAGCCUGCCCAGAACCUGAAAAUGCCCACUUUCCAAAAAUGCCCAGUUUAAAAGUUCCAGAGAAGCAAAUGAAAUACAAGGCCAGAUAUGACAUGAUGGGUAAAAUGUUGCUGCAGGAGAUUAUCAGCAAGGAGCAGGAGUUUACUGGGUCAUUGGUGGUGGAAAUCAAUUGGACCAAACCAAUUUGUACAAGUCUUUUACAAUCACCACCACUGGAGUCACAGGCACACAUCCUGGCCCAAGUUGCAUCUGGUGAUGAGAGAUCCACAGCAUAUGGUUUCUACAGAGAACUGGAGAUGUUGCGCUCUUUUAUUAAUGGAUUGGAGUCGAGAGAAAUUCUAUGGCUGGCAGAUGAAAACAGUACCCCUGUGCUUGAGCAGGUGAAGUUGCUGAUUGAAAGAUUAAAGCUUGGUGAUGCUGCAAAGAUAGAGAAAGGAAAUCCACAAAAUAAUGUGUCUGAAGUCCUUGGAUUGGACUCAUUGUCUUUUGAUCAUCGGAAGAAUUUAGACUUUACAGACCAUUUAUGGAAUAUAUUAAUGCAGUGCACAUCAUACAGUGAGCUGGAGGAAGCUAUGAAGUUUGUUUUUGCUGUCUUAAGUAAUGGGGAGUUUUAUCCUAUGGUACACAGGAAAAAUGAUACAGUCAUUGCUCAGAUGGUAAGAGAAGCAUGUGAAGGGAAACUCAGGACGCCUAAUUUAGCUGGUGGAACUUAUGCCAUACAGCUUUUGGCAGAAAUAGGACUGGAAAAACUCCGACAAGACUACGUACAUGCUUUUCUGUCAAAAGAACUGGUUGUUCUUGGAAAUAUUGAGUCAUUCAUUGGCACAGAUGGAUCAUUUCCUGAAAGACUGGCUGCUUUAGAGAAGUUACAUCAUGUGAUAGAAAUGUCUGUCAUGCUAAGAAUGUUCUUGAAACUGUCCAUACAAACCUUGAAUUUUGUUGCCAUCCAGAUGUUGAAACACUAUGAAAAUAACACCAAUGACGAAAAUCACUUGUUCGAUUUUUCUGUUCCUGCCUCCAAAGUCAAAUCCAUGAUUGAAAAAUGUGCCCCAUGUUUGUGGCAAAUGGAGUUCAUCAAACCAGUGCAAAAUGCAUCAGAAACCACCAAAUUUGUGUUGAUGGAAGAAAAUCCCUUCCCUCAUGUUGGUAGGAGUUCUAUGUUAGAUAAAAUAGCAGAAACAGGAAGUGAGGAUCAUAGGGACAGACUGUACUAUGUGGUGUGCCUAGAGGAUAGUGUUAGUUUUGUAUAAUAACAGUUUGAAAAUGCACUUCCGAUCUGAAUUUUACAUUUAAUCUAGAUUCUAGGGACUGUACAGUACAGUGAAGUGUUUUGUGUGAGUUUUCUUUUUUAGCUCGCCUGAGCUGAAAGCUCAAGUGAGCUUUUCUGAUCACCCAUUUGUCUGUCUAUCUGUCUGUAAACUUUUCACAUUUUCAACUCCUUCUCCAGAAACACUAAGCCAAUUUCAACCAAACUUGUCAAAAAGCAUCAUUGGAUAAAGGCCUUAGGGGAUUCAAGUUUGUUCAAAUGAAGGGCAAUGCCCUUCUCCAAGGGGAGAUUGAUUGUAUAUCGUUUAAUGUCCUACUCAAGAAUUUUUCACUCAUAUGGAGACGUCACUAUUGCUGAGGAAGGGCUGCAAAAUUUAGGCCUAUGCUCGGUGCUUACAGCCAUUGAGCAGGGAGGGAUCUUUAUCGUGCCACACCUGCUGAGACACGCGGCCUCAGAUUUUGAGGUCUCAUCUGAAGGACUGUCCCAUUUAGUCGCCUCUUUCGACAAGCAAGGAGUACCGAGGACCUAUUCUAACCCAGAUCCCCAAGGGAAGAUAAUAGUGAAAAUACACUGACUUAUAAAAAUCUUCUCCAGAACCAGCAGGCCAAUUUCAAUCAAACUUGGUACAAAUCAUCCUUGGAUGAAGGGGAUUCAAGUCAUUUCCCCUUCAGAGGGAAGAUAAUCACAAAAAUAUUAUGAGGUCAUUUAAAAAUCUUUCUCAAGAUCUACUGGAAAAGUUCAAAUUUCAAAUUUACAUGAAAGCUUCCUGACAUACUACAGAUUCAAGUUUGUUAAAAUCAUUACCUGUUGGUAGAAUGAAGCCACAAUAGGGGAUUAGUUUUACAUGCAAAUGUAGAGGGAAAAUCUUUAAAUAUGAGCCAAGGUGACUAGGGUGAGUGAUGUGGUUCCAUGGACCUCUUGUUUGUGUAUCCCAGUGCAAUGAAUUUAUUCAUUGUCUAUAUACAAAACACUUAUUAUUCAACGUAUAGAAAUUAGUGAAAAUAUAUACUCUUGGGUCAACUUUCUUUGUUUUAAUGAAAAAUGCAAUUACAAUGUAAUACAGAUGCACUGUGUUUUCUUACCUGCUUAUUGUAAUGUAUAUGUAUUCAGAUCGCUAUUCAAAAAUUAUGUGUAUUGUGAAAGUUUUGAAAUUGGGAUCGAACUCCAAGGUCAAGACCACAAGGUAAGCAUUGUAAACAGUAAAAAUGGAAAAAUAAAACUUGAAAAUUUUCAGCUUAAA